AUGUCGGGUACCACAAGUCAUUUAUCCCUGUUACCAACAGCAAAUAAUCAAUUUAAUAAUUUACAGAAUCCACAUAAUACGAAUCGUGAUCAUCAUCAUCGUUAUAGUACACAUGAAUUUAAUACCGAUUAUUUACAUCCAUUAUCAUCGGGUUUAACAAAUUGUACUACUAUAAAUUCGAAUAAUACAAUUAAUAAUCGUAGUAAUUUUAAUUAUUAUGUAACAAAAGCAUCUUGUAGUAACAGUAGUUCAAUUGUAUCAACCACAACUAAACCACAAAUUCGUAAAUUAAGUGCAAUAUCAUUGAAUGUACCCUGGUAUAAACGGACAAGAGGUUCAUUAAAUAAAUCAACAGAUUCAUUAAAUCAACAACAAUUAAAAAUGUCAAAAGAUCGUCUAUUAAAUUUAAAUACUUUUAUCAGUCAAGAUGAUGAACAACUACCACCAUCACCAUUGAGCGAAAUAACAACACCAAUGAUUGUAGAAAGUCCUGCCGAAAUGAUUGACGAGAAAAAUACAAAUUCAAGACUAGUUAAAGGAAAUGGAUAUAUUGGAAAUAAUGCAUCACAUUUGACAAGAUUACAAUGUACUACAAAAGGCACAAAAGCUCUAAGAUUACUUGGCGGUAAACAUGAUGGAAAAGAAAAAUCAGCUUUACAAAAAUUCACAUCUCGAGGUAAUCUACAAAGGAGAUUAUUGCUCAAAAAUGGUGAAGUGAAUAUUUCAAGAUUUAAUAUUGAAAAACGUCGUCGUCAAUAUUUAGCUGAUAUUUUUACCACAUUAAUCGAUUUGAAAUGGCGUUGGGCGCUAUGUUUAUUCACAUUAGGAUUUUGUGUUAGUUGGUUAGCAUUUGCUAUCGUCUGGUAUUUAUUAAUGUACACUUAUGGCGAUUUUAAAGAGGAAAAUUUUCAUAAUGCAAAUUACUCUGCUUGUAUAUACGGUGUAAGAACAUUUGCAGGCGCUAUACUAUUUUCGAUCGAAACUCAACAAACAAUCGGUUAUGGUACACGUGUUGUUAAAGAGACAUGUUAUGUAGCGAUCAUUAUUAUGAUGUUACAAUCAUCUUUAGGCGUUAUGAUUCAAAGUUUUAUGGUCGGCGUUGUAUUCGCUAAAAUAUCUCGUCCAAAAAAACGUACAGAAACUCUUAUUUGGUCACGGGAAGCGAUUAUCUCGUUAAGAGAUGGUCGUCUAACUCUUCAAUGUCGUGUGGGUGAUAUGCGAAAAUCACAUAUUGUCGAAGCACACGUAAGAAUGUAUUUAAUUAAGAAAAAAGUGACAAAAGAAGGUGAAGUAUUACCAUUACAUACAUACGAUAUGAACGUAGGAUUUGAUAAAGGAAUCGAUCGACUAUUUUUAAUAUGGCCAUUAAUUAUUACUCAUGAAAUCGAUGAACAAUCGCCACUAUGGGAUAUUGGAAGAAAUGACUUAGCUAAACAACGUUUUGAAUUAGUUGUAAUACUUGAAGGUAUUAUUGAGUCAACGGGUAUGACAACACAAGCGAGAACAUCUUAUUUACCAUCAGAGAUUUUAUGGGGUUAUCGUUUUGAACGUUUAAUUACAUUUCAACGAGAUGAUGGUCUAUAUAGAAUUGAUUAUUCAAGAUUUAAUCUGAUCUAUCCAGUUGAUAUGAUCACUUGUUCGGCAAAAGAAUUACAACAUUUACAUGAAUUGGAAAAAUGGCAUGAAAGUACAAUCGGUUGUAUGGAUAACGAUACAUCCUACCAUCAAGAGUAA